GACUCACCGAUGUUGUUCUGCAAAGUCCUAACGUUAAAUUGGAACUAAUUAGCUACGGCUAACUAACGUUAGCUUUUAACUACUUUAAGAUGAGUUACGUUGUAGAUCUACCACCAAUGCUGUUGUAGUUACAAUAUGCUGAUUCCUUGUUGACAAACACACCGAAGCAACUUAAAUAUAUUUCGAAACCAAACCAUGUUGUCAUCCAAACCAAAGGCAACUUUCUUCCGGGCCAACGGCAAACGUAACGUUAAAUCCGGAAGUACUGGACACGUUACUAUUUCGAUACAACAUGGCAUCUUUGGUUUUAGCAAACGCUAGCUGACGUUAGCUAGCCAAACCAUUGGUAUUAUUAACGCAGCUGCACGUUAGUACACGUUUUGCUAAUGUCGCAUCUUAGCUCACUCUUAAAUUAAACUCAUAGCAUGCAUGGAUUAUUGUUAAACGAGACCUAUCCGUUUACUUCUGAAGAUAAAACUUGUACCUGUGUAUCAGGCAGAAGGCGUUCCUAAUGCGCUUUAGCAGUGCAGGCGAAGACGAAGCUCGUUUCGCGUUGGCACUUCCUUAUCUGAGAGAGGAAACUGAAAUUGAAACGUGUAUCUGAUGACAAUAAUAAUACUAGUGGUAAUAAUACAUAAUUGUCAUGAAAAAUUAGCUACUUCCUCCUACCAAAACGCCACACAAAGGAAAUGCACACAUCAACAUAUUAAAAUGUGUGUGAACCUUCAAUUAUUAAAAUAUAAUUAAUAAAAAAGGAAGGAAUAAAUAAAAUGCCACUUGCCGGGUGAAUAUCGUCGUCUUAUUGCCACGGUUAAAGAUGACGGUUUACAGAAAUGAUCAAACACUACUUUUAGGCGGCAGCCCAGCAACCACAAUAUGACGUUUAUUUUUUAUUUAAAAAAUACUGUGUAUUCAUCAAACCCUCUUAGUCUUUACACUUCUACUUUAUAAACACAAGUUUUCAAAUCAGUACUUGCAAGCAGAAAUGCCAAAGUCACACGGAGCUGACCUUUUACAUUCUUUAAACUCGACAUGCCGCAUUAGCAUACAAUAAUUGGAGAUAACACUAUUCUGCCUAAUAAUAACUGAUGAAUAACUGCACUGCAGACUUCAGUAAUCCUAAAUAGCUUUUAUUGGGCGGGUAAACAAGUGACAGCGCGUGGUCAUCCGGGGACUUCUUACCGGCAGGGGGCGCGCUGAGGACCGAUGGCGUCUGAAGUGAGAAAGACGCUCCUUGUUUAAGUCUCUGUUUUGUUGUCAUGGCAACGAGAAGCGUCUUCAGCAACGUUUCCCGUUUAAAGUGCUUCAUGUUGUUUUUUAUUUUGAUUUGAAUGUAUUUAUAUGUUUGAAAAGCUAUAAAAAAUGCUCUUAAAAAUUAAACAUUUCACAAAUAUGAAAUUAGCUUGAAAUAGUUGCACACGGGUUUGUUUAUAUUAUUUCUUUUUAAUAGGGUUUUUUAUGAAUUAACGUGAUUUGGCUUUGGUUUUUCGGUCCAGUGUUUUAGGAACUUUUGUCCCAUUGUUUCUAUCCGUAACGCAUACUAUUUAACGCCCAAAUACAUGUAGGAAUAAAAGCAAGCCAAAGUAUUUCUGUCAGCUAGCGACAAUAAGCACAACAUCUUUCUCACAUUUGCAUAAAUAAAGCUAUAUUUAAACAGUGAGUAAACACAGACAGUCGGAUGCAGAUCAGCUCCGCCCGUCUGCUGCUAAUCCCUCCGUGACCUCUGCGCGCUGGGAAAGCACCACUGCGCGCGCAUACAAAGGUGAGGCCGCGGUACCGAACGCACCCAAAUCGGCGUCGCGGGUACCUUCGUCGCUCCCCGAUGGGAGACCCGAGGCCCACGCCCCGCGGGCCCCGCCUGGACCUGAGCAACUUCCACUGGGCCGCAGCCGAGAGGAGUCGGCACGCGUCGACGAGUCCCCGCUCGCCGGAGUCCUGCAGGCGACUCGGGGUCAAACCCGUGGACCUUCUCAUCAAAUCGCUGAAUGAGUUCAUCGCCAAGCGGCGCGACGUGCCCGUCGGGGCGAUGACGCUCAUGCACGAAUCCUACGAAAGGGAGAGAGUGAGGCUUUUACAAAUGUGCCGAGUGGAGAGGCAGCGGAUUACCCGGGCGGCGGGGGGCAGGUGGCCGGGCAGCAACAGAGUGUCCGGCCUGGAAGCCAAACCGAAGGACCACACGAGGGACGGGGAGGCAACGGGCACCGUCCCGUACGCGGACCUGUGCUUCAGGGGGCCGCCCGCCAGCAGGUCCUCCUGCUCUCACAGAGACAGGAGCACAGUGUGCAGCUUCGGCCCGGGGCACCUCCGGCACACCCCGGCGGCUACCGAGGUGACCGUGGACCAGCUCACCAGGGACAUUCAGAAGGAGAUGUGCGUCACCGUGUCGGAGAGAGACCGCAGGAUAGCGGCUCUCAUGCUGGUGAAGCACCGGGAGGAGCAGGCUUGCCUGAAGCUCCGUCAGCAGGAGGAGCAGGUGCGACAGGAGGCCCGCAGGCACGAGGAGGCCCUGCGCGCCGAGGCCGACAAGGUCAGGGGGGAGAAAGUGAGGCAGGGUAUGCGCCGCUGGCACGAGGAGCUGGAGGCCCGCCGGAGGCUGAGGGAGCGACGGGAGGAAGAAAAAGCUGGACAACUCGAGCUGGAGGCGCUGCUGCACGAAGACCGCUGCAGGAGGUUGAGGGAGGAGGUGGAGGGGCAACGCCGAGAGAAGGUGGAGGCCGCACGGAGAGAGGCGGGGGCCCGCAAGCGCUUGCAGGAGAAGCUGCGGGGAGAAAAAGAGGAGGCGGAGAGGAGGGAGCGAGAGAGGGACGGGCAGGCGGCGGCGGAGAAGGAGCAGAGGGCAAGGAGGAGCAAAGCGUCCCGGGAGGAGGAGGAGAGGAGGAGGAUGCGGGAGGACAACCGCAGGGAGCUGCUGCGUCACAUCCUGCUCAAGCAGCAGGUGGAGCAACAGGUGGCGGAGGAGGAGGCCCAGGUGAGGGGCGCACUCGACGAGAAGCUGCGGCGCCGCGGAGAAACGCGCAGCGCGGCCGCAGAGGCGCGGCGGAGGGAGCUGCAGGAGCGGGCGGCCCGGGAGGAGGAGCGGGCUCGGGGAGCCCGGCGGGGGGCCCAGCUGCAGGGCCACCGGCACCUCGCGCACAAACAGAUCCUCGUCGAACUGAGCCGGCGGCGCUGCGAGAGAGCCGCCAGGAGCGCGUCGGCCCAGCGGAGGCGCAGAGCUCAGGAGGCGGGUCAGCGCAACAGACGCAGGAGCCUGCGCCACCAGCGGCUGAGGGAGGAGAGGCUGCGGGAGGAGGCGGCCGAGAGGAUGGUGCGGGAGAGCUGCGUCUUCGUGAAGGACUGGAGGAGGGAGAGACUGCGGAGCCAGAGGCAGCUGAUGCAGGAGGAGGCGCACAGGCUGGCGCGGGCCUCCUUUCACUUGAGGGACCGAGUGCGACAGCAGACGCGCGUGCGGACCUUCGAUCAGAUGGCUCUGGAGGCUCAGCUGACUGCCUCCAUCAGCUCCAUGAAACUAUGAGGGGAGAGAUCGACUCCCAUCCACAGCUGCUGCGCCUCUAACCAGAGCUGUGGUCAAGCAGAGGUCUUUUUUUAUGCAGAGUGUGAUAUUGUAGCAUAUUUUUAAAUUCCUAAGUUGCUGAUCGACUCAAACAGAAGAAAUAACCGGACCGACGGGGCCUUUCGUUGGCUCAUCCUGAUACUCUUUCCCCUGGAAGCCAAUGCUUUACUGCAACAACUGAGCUUUGUAAGCAUAAAUGAAAGCGGUUUGGACUGUGAUCCCCCAUCACACACCAGCAACAAUGCAGGGGAACUUCCCAGCUAACGAGAGAAUGCAGUUUAUUUUUUUGCAGUUGAGCAGUGCUGGUGAGGCGCCACAGAAUCAACAGUUCACUUGUAUUCAUAAUUCAUAUAAGAGAACAGUUAAAUACUUUUGGACGGUUGAAUGAGAGAUACUGCGCUCUGAAUGAGGCAGACUAUGGUUUGGUUUUCUCUGCUCCUCUGGCUUCAUUCAGUGUCCCAUCAUUUCCCCCUGCAUCACCAGAAGCACUUUAAAAGAAGAAAAAACGUCUUUGGUCAAAGUAGGGCAGAAAAAGUAAAGCGUACAUGAACUCAAGUGGAACAAUGUUUGUUGGAGAUUAGAAGUAUAAGUGUCAUCACCUCAUUUCCAAUGUGUCACUUCAAAAUUAGUAUUCAAAACAUUGCAGUAUUUGUGUUUAAUGAAUAAAUCACUUUUGAAGUGUGAAAAAAAAACUUAUUUUUUUAAUACCUGUGAAAUAGCGAGAAAAAAAAGGUCGAGCAAGCAAAUAUUAACAUGAGCAGACAUGUUUUUAAGAACGACCACAGAGAGAACCCCAAUUCAAAAUGGAUGUAGAGGAAUAUCUGUGAUUGGAAGGAACAACUUGAAAAGGUCGGUUAUGAACGACAACUAUACAGAUCUGGACUUUCUACAUAUGGAUACAACUCACAUCCAACAAGCUUUGGCAGUUGUUCUGAUUAAAAAAAUAAAAUGAGCCUCAUUACUUUGA